GUUGCAGCAGCUGAGCCGGCCUCCCUCCUCCUCUAUAGUUCUGCACCCUGGCCCAUGGUUUUGGCCCAAAUUCCCUUUUUCGCUCUGGCGGCCCAAUACUCCAUUUUGUUCUCCUUUUUCGCUCUGGACUCAUGUAUUAUUUUUCAUUAAUCAAAUGUUCCCCGUUUUCGUUCAAGUCUAUCAAAACAAUUACUUUUCUCAAGGUGAAGAUCAGUCAUGGAUGUCAGAAUUCACCAAGAAUCAUAUACGUCGUUUUCAGGUUUGUGGUAAAAACAUUCAGAAAUGAGGUUGCAAAAAUUACCUACCAGUGCUCAGAAAUGACAUUAUUUCAGUUGUCAAAGUCGCUCACAUUUGCAUGCUCCCUAUCUCUGUUUAGCAUCUCAGAGUCUAACAUGAUCAACAACAACUAAUAAUAAAAUUAAGAUAAAAAGAAAAGAACACGUCAUUGAGACACCAGAUAAACCCAAGACUUAAAUUCGAAGCAAAUUCAGCCACAAUUUGGUUCAUAAUACAACCGAUCUUUGCCUAAAAAAACUACAAGUUGCUGGGUAUUUGAAUUGCUGCUAAGAUUUCCCUCUUGAGCUCCUCUCUUCUGAUUUUGCCUGUACUGGUCACUGGGAGGGCUGCCUCCACUGAUAAUACGACCUUGGUACCUUAAAUCUGUUGGACAAAAAAUUGAGAACAAUGGUAAAACUGAUGAUAGCUUCACUGGUAAUUAAUUUGUUCUCGAACAUUGUUUGGGAAAGAAAAAUAUUCAAAUGGUUGCGCAUUCGGUUUCAAACUGGUACUACUAUAUUUCUGGGGAAUACAUGAACUAGGCGGACGGCACAGACUCGAACUAGGCGGCAGGGGGCUACCCAUUUUGACGGGGAGUCCCGCGGCAGCGGUGGCGGGCAGGCCGCCGGCGGCGGCUGCGCCAGCGGCGGCGCGCAGGCCGUGUGGGGCUGCGGCCACUGGCAGCCCGUCGGCAUGGGAACCCGCGGCAGCGGCGGCGCGCAGGCCGUGGGGGGCUGCGGCGGCGGGCAAGGCGCGAUUGGCUGCAGCAGCGGGCAAGGCGCGAGGGCAGGCUCAGCAAGGGGCGCAGGGGAAGCCUCGCCAACGGAGGGGAACGACGAUGAAGCACAGGAACGACUGUCUGCAGCAUGCCUUCAAGGGAUGGAUCCAAAUUCAUGCUAUUUAUUGAAAAUUAAACAUCUUGGCAACCCAGAAAAUGCUAGAAAGGAUGUCAGAUGUUUUCCCUCUGACAAGUUUGUUGAUUAUGGCCAGUACCCGUCGGGUUACAAGGAGAUUCCCCAUAUUCAGUACUAUGAUGAUUGUGACAGUAGUUUUGACAACUUGUAUCGAUUUAAGGCACAAAUUGAGAGUUGUUGUCCUGGCAGUUUAGUGGUUAUUGAUCAUCAUACAAUAAAUAGUAAGGUCCGAUUUAGAAGACUAUUCUUUGCUUUAAAGCCUUGCAUAGACGGGUUUCUCAAUGGUUGUAGACCAUAUUUAGCAGUAGAUAGCACAUUCUUGACAGGCAAGUUCAAGGGACAAUUGGCUAGUGCAACGGCUAUUGAUGCUUUGGUGUUUUUGAUUCUGAAACUAAUGAGAAUUGGAUUUGGUUCAUGCAAAAUCUUAGAGAGGCCAUAGGCUCACCAAGAGGGUUAGCGAUUUGCACUGAUACUGGGCAAGCAGUUAUGACAGGGGUAGAAGAAGUAUUUCCAGAAGUAGAACAUAGGGAAUGCAUGAAUAACUUGGUGACCAACUUCAAGAAGACACAUCGUGGAAAGUUGAAGGUGUUUGAUGAACAUCUUUGGGCUGCUGCUUACUCGUGGAACCCAUAUUUUUUUGAGAAACAUUGGGUUGCAAUGGAGAAAGAAGAGCCUGCAGGAACCGCAUAUCUUAGGAAGUGGCACACUAGGUUGUGGACUAGGAGUCAAUUCUCCACUAUCUGCAAGGUGGACUAUGUAACCAAUAACUUGGCAGAUUGUUUCAACAAUUGGAUUGAACCUCACAAGUCAAUGAACUUGGAUGAUUUAAUGGACAAGCUUAGACAAGUACUUAUGGUCGAGUGGAACCAGAGGAGAAAGGUUGCGAGGAAGCUGCAAGGCUUGAUUUUGCCCCAUAUAUUAAAAAGGAUGAAUGAAGAAAACAAAAAUUUAGAGUUGGAAGUGGCUGAGUGCUCUGAAAAAAUUGCAGAAGUUACUGAAUUGGGGGGCAGCGGCUUAGAUUUGUAGUGAACUUGCAGGAGAGGACAUGUUCGUGUAGAAAAUGGCAGGUUUCUGGAGUUCCAUGCAAACAUGCUAUAUCAUUCAUCGCAUCACUCACCAAUGCACCUCUAGUGAACUAUGUGGACAUGUAUUACUCUAUUGAGAAGUUUAGAGCAGCUUAUAGCCAACUAAUUCCUGCUAUGGUUGACAAGUCCCAGUGGCCUAAAUCUGAUCAUGGAUUUUUCAUGCAUCCACCACUUUUAAAAGCCACCGCUGGUGGGUCAAAAUCUGAAAGGUACAAAGGUUGUACUGAGAAGAAAGGGAAUGAAGGGAAGCACAAAUGCCCUAUUUGUAAAGAUUAUGAACAUCACUGGCACAAGUGCAAGAAGGGUAACCCUGAGGACAUUGCAACCCUAAUGGAUGUGAGAGGGCCAGCAAAUAAGAAGAGAAAGACCAUCAAAUCAUCUCGGACAAGCAUUGUGCCUUUUGAGGGUGAUGAAUUACCAGCGUCAUCUAUGUCUUUCCCGCCUAGGUUUCAAAGUUUGGAAUCUGCAACUGCGACAAAGGGAAAAGGUGCCAAAUCAGAAUCUGCAGGAUCUGAAAGGUCAAGUAGUGACUCAAAUCAGCCUGAGCCCAUUCCUUUGUGUAGUGAGCAAACAAUUGUACCUGUGAAUGCAAAGGCCAAAAAGAAAAGGAAGCAACCAGCUAAACAACAAGGAAAAAAUCUUAUACUCUCAUCUGACAGCCCAGCAAUGGGCACAAGAAGCAAAAAAAAAGUGGGAGGCCCUGCUAGCCCAGCAAUGGGCAUAAGAAGUAAAAGAAGACUUAGUUUAUGAUUGCACAUGGCUUACUUUUGAAUCAGAUGUAAUGGAUGUGAGCAUGUGACCCUGCUGUAAUAUUGGCUUGGUUGUGUGUAUCUAUGAACUUGAUUGUAAGAUAUACAUGCGAACCUGAUGUAAGUUUCAAUUGUUCAUGGGAACCUAUUGCACUGAUUGAACCUUAGUCCAUGUAUGAACCUAUUCUAACAACUGAACCUAUCACUAUGUAUGAAUUGUUCAUGUUGGAAUUUA